GUGGGUUUGAUUGACAGGAAACAUGUCGGUGUGGUGGUGGGAGCGAACCGGGAUGCAGCUGCUGCCAAGGGAGACAGGGAGUACCUGCAUCCAAUCCACACAUCAGCACCUGUAAAAAGCAGCACGCGUCCCCUCCUGAAGCGUCUGCUUUUGACGCGCUGAGCAGCUUUUUAUUUUCAAAACCACCCAUUUGAAAGGAAGGGGCACCCAAUGGAUGCUGUGGCAAACCGCGUAGUCCCGCUCGGUUUCUCCACAUUGUGUUUGAUUUAGCCUCCAAGCAGAGACACCCUGAUGAAACAGCAGGAACUACGAGGACUGUUGUUGCAAUGGAGUCGACUCUCUCACGGCUCAAACAGCGUCUGUAAACCUACAGCAGCAUCUCGUUUCAUGGCGUUUUGCAGGUGGCUCUGCUCCGUGGGCUUCUCCACGUUUCCUUUCUGAAUUCUACUUCUUGGUUUUUUUUUCUAAUUUUAUUUUUUUUUAUUUUUAUUUUUUUUAUCAAAGUGCACCGGAGGAUAAUAACGACCACUGCUCGCCAAACUAUGAACGAGGAGAUGACAAAAAGCGAGGAGCAGCAUCUUAGUUUGCAGAAAGCCUUGCAGCAGUGCGAGUUGGUGCAAAAUAUGAUAGACAUAAGCAUUUCUAGUUUGGAGGGUUUACGGACCAAAUGUGCCACAUCCAACGACUUGACACAGAAAGAGAUGCGAACGCUGGAGGGGAAGUUGGUGAAGUACUUCAGCCGCCAGCUGUCCUGUAAGUGUAAAGUGGCCUUAGAGGAGCGCAGUACCGAGCUGGAGGACUUCCCUCGCCUUGGACACUGGUUCCGCAUCGUCAACCUGAGGAAGGAGGUCACAGAGGAGAUGAGUCCAGGUGAGGUGACCCUGGAGGGCCUGCUGGAGGUCAGCGAGGAGCAGGUGUGUGAGCUGCUGCAGAAGUUCGGUGCCAACGAAGAGGAGUGCGCUCGACUCAACGCCUCGCUCUCCUGCCUCAGAAAGGCCCACCAGCUCGGGAGCCAGUCGAAGCAGGAUUGGUCCAUCCAGUGGCCCACCUCUGAAUCGGGCAAAGAAAACACCCCGGUGUGCCAGCCAGAGGCCAGUCAGUGGAUCCGCUUCCAGCUCUCCCAAAGCCCCAAAGUCCAGUCCAAGUACAACCAGCACAUGUGCCACAGCCCCCAGGCCCUGGCUCCCCCUUUAUAUGCCGAUCGACUGACUGUCGACAGCCCCUCCACAGGGUUCUUCCCUUCUUUGGACUCUGGUCAUCGCUCUCUGCCCCCGUCUCCCCGCCAGAGGCAUUUUGGCCACACGCCUCCUCGGACUCCAUUGGUGAUCAACACAAUGACCCCGCCUGGCACACCCCCUAUGCGGAGAAGGAACAAAGUCAAGGCCCCAGGAACGCCACCUCCGCCGAGCCGCAAGCUCAUCCACCUGCUGCCGGGCUUCACCGCUCUGCACCGCAGCAAGUCCCAUGAGUUCCAGCUGGGGAACCGCCUGGAGGACACACAGACACCAAAAGCCAAGAAGAAGACCAAGCCCUUGAACCUUAAGAUCCACAGCAGCGUGGGCAGCUGUGAAAACCUGCCCACGCAGCGCUCGCCCCUGCUCACCGAACGAUCCCUGCGAUCCUUCUUCUUCCCCUCCUUCAUCCCUUCCACACCUCCCGUCCACGCUGAAACACCCUCUGCAAACACUCUCUCAGUGCCUCGCUGGUCCCCACAGAUUCCCCGAAGAGAUCUGGGAAACUCAAUAAAACACAGAUUUUCCACAAAGUAUUGGAUGUCCCAGACAUGCAUAGUAUGUGGAAAGGGAAUGUUGUUUGGACUGAAAUGUAAAAACUGCAAGCUGAAGUGCCACAACAAAUGCACCAAAGAAGCCCCACCUUGCCAUUUACUGAUCAUACAGCGAGGCGGACGAGAAUCCUUCAAAGAAAGGACAAUGCAUUGUGAAAAUCUGGAGGGACACCAGGCCAUAUUUAAAGACCACCAAGGAAACACUCAAGUAGCUCGUCUGGUACGGACCGAAUCAGUGCCAUGUGACAUAAACAACCCGCUCAGGUACACAGACCUGCACAUCAGUCAGACGCUCCCCAAAACCAACAAGAUCAACAAGGAUCACAUCCCCGUCCCGUACCAACCAGACUCCAGUAGUAACCCUUCAUCCACCACCUCCUCCACCCCCUCCUCCCCGGCUCCUCCCUUGCCCAGCAGUGCCACGCCCCCCUCGCCACUACAUCCCUCCCCACAGUCAGCACGGCAACAGAAACAGUUCAACUUAACAGCCUCCAGUUACUUCAAAUACAAACAACAAUUCAUCUUUCCAGAUGUUGCUCCAGAAGCUCCUCCCAGCAGAGCACCACAGGUCAUCCUUCACCCUGUCCUGUCUGAGCCCGGGCAUGAAGGCAACCCUUUACUGCAAAUCGAAGUUGAACCUACAUCGGAUAAUGAGGAGUGCAACGACGAAGACUCCGGAGACGAGUUCGAGGAGAUGAACCUGUCACUCCUCUCUGCUCGUAACUUCCCGCGCAAAGCCAGCCAGACCAGCAUCUUCCUGCAGGAGUGGGACAUCCCGUUCGAGCAGCUGGAGAUCGGGGAGAUGAUCGGGAAAGGUCGGUUCGGCAAAGUUUUCCACGGACGCUGGCACGGCGAAGUGGCCCUCCGCCUGAUAGACAUCGAGCGCGACAACGAGGACCAGCUGAAGGCCUUCAAAAGGGAGGUGAUGGCCUACCGCAACACCCGCCAUGAGAACGUGGUGCUGUUUAUGGGGGCCUGCAUGAGCCCGCCACACCUGGCCAUCAUCACCAGCUUAUGUAAAGGCCGAACACUUUAUUCUGUGGUGCGAGAUGCCAAGGUUGUGCUGGAUGUAAACAAGACCCGACAGAUUGCACAAGAGAUGGUCAAGGGGAUGGGAUACCUUCACGCCAAGGGGAUUUUACACAAAGACAUGAAGUCCAAGAACGUGUUUUACGACAACGGCAAAAUCGUCAUCACCGACUUUGGUCUCUUCACCAUAUCUGGGGUUUUGCAGGCUGGCAGCCGGAGAGAAGACAAACUGAGGAUCCCAAAUGGCUGGCUGUGUCAUCUGGCCCCAGAAAUCAUCCAGCAGCUCUCUCCGGACACUGAAGAGGACAAGCUCCCCUUCUCCAAACAGUCAGAUGUUUUCGCUUUUGGCACCAUCUGGUUCGAGUUACACGCACGAGAGUGGCCUUACAAGAGUCAGCCAGCAGAGGUGAUCAUAUGGCAGAUUGGCACCGGGAUGAAGCCAAACCUCGCCCAAACCGGCAUGGGGAAGGAAAUUUUGGACAUUCUGCUUCUUUGCUGGGCGUACAAGCAGGAUGAGCGGCCCACUUUCUCCAAGCUGGUAGAUUUACUGGAAAAGUUGCCAAAAAGGAACCGUCGCCUUUCCCACCCAGGGCACUUCUGGAAGUCAGCUGAGUAUGUCAAAUGAGUUAGGGACACAAAACAGCAAACAAUCAGCAACUAUUGAAAAAAACAAAACAAAACAAACAGCCGCCAUUAAUCUCUUCAUAAAUAACCCACCUCCUUAAAGAAUGCACUGAAUCCAAAAGCCAGCCCAGUGAUGAAAACUGCCCGUGCUGUGUGUACUUUCAUGGAAUGUUGGCAUGUGUGUGUACAGAUAAGUUGACUGUCCAGCUCAAAGCAGUCGGGACUCAUAUUUUCUUUGGUUUGAUUUAAACCAUACAGGAUAUUUUUCCUUUCUCUUUUUUUUGUCUUUUACUCUUGACUUGGUCCCCUCAUAAGAAUUGAUUUACUUCCUGGAUGUAUCUUGCUUGUAAUUUUCGACUGAUCACAUCAUCUUGGACUUUAAAAAAAACACGUUUGAGUACAAAUGUAGAUUUUUUUUUCCAUGUCUUUUUUUUUUAAUUUUAUUUGAAUGAAUGUAACUUUUGUACGUCAUACAUUGUAUAUUUCACAACAUUGUCUUGCCAUUAUUAUGUCUGUCAACUGUGUAGAGCAUUUUGUCAGUGUUACCUCAUGGUCUCUCAUGUGAGGAUGUCUUAAAAGGUUUCAUGUUGUCUCAAAAGCUUUAUUUAUCUCUCAAAUGUCCUCUUAUUUACACCGAACCAUUUGAAUGUGAAGAAGCCAGCGCCCCUGUGUGUGUGGGGAUGUGUUGGCGCGGUUCUUUAAAAGGGAGACUGUUCUCUGUGCUUUGAAUUUUGCCUGUGAACAUAAGCGAGACAUUUGAACAAUGAGUGAGGGGGGAAAAAAGCCGCUGGUCAGACCAGGACUCCUUCUUUUGAUGCUGUUCUGUGAAAACGCUGACACUUGAAAUGUAUCUUGUCAACAGAACCAAUUACACUACGGAAAUGCUACCACUGAGCCCCCUCUGUUAAAAAGAGCUAAUGACACAUAAAUAUGAUAGAUAUAAAAACAAAACUAUCAAUUAUUACAGCCUAUAAUAUUCAAUCAAAACACAAACUUUACAUGACAUGUUAGCUUUCUGGGUAGUGAAACUGUUUUUGAUGGGUCUGGAUCAAAGCACUGAAAAUGUAGGGGGGUAAAAUAUUCCGAGCUCUGUUAUGAAGUGACUGUUAGUCUUACAAAGAGCACAUGACCCUCAAAAACAUAAAACCUGAGUCUGUUUUUAAGGCUUGGCAAAAGUUGUGGAGAGUUGCUUGAAAGCAGUGUUGUAGUCACUUUGAAUGGGGGCCUAACAUGAUACCUACUCUAUCCAUGUUAUUCUUCUCUUUUUCUUAUAUUCUGAGUUUGUUCAUUUUCCAGAAUCAGUAUGAUUUGAAAGAAUGUCAUCUUUAAAAAAAGCAAAUUUUAGAUACAUAUCAAUUCUCAAGCAAAAAUAUGUAAGACCUUAAUUUCCCCAGAGGUCAUUGUUAGCUGUAUUGAUAGCUUAAAAGGCUACAGCUAUAUUUUUUGGAAGAGAAGGACAUAUUUAUUUAAAGCUGCUGUUGGUAGUCACAGAUUAAACAAUUGUUCAGAGAGAGGGACUUCGAAUGUCAACACUAUCCCUCCCAACCAGAUUUCCUCUUAGCCCCCCAACACAGAUUGGCGUAUGCAGUCAUGACACUGCUGGACUCAUAACCAAUCAAAGGAUGUAGUAGGGGCCGUCCCUUAACCAAUCACAACAGAGGAUUGGAGAUUAGCUCUGAUUGGUUCAUCAUAACGGGAACACGGGGAUUAAUAACAUUGCUUGAUACAAAGGCAUUGGAAAACGCAGAGAAUUUGCAAUAGUCUCAAAUUACUCCACUUACCGAUGAGUACAGAUGGGUAUUAUGACUUUUUCUCCAAACCCAGCAGAAAAAAAAUAACGUUUUUUUACACCAUUCCUACCAACAGCAGCUUUAAGGGGCAGGCUAACUUUAUUAAAAACCAAUUGUAAAGACAGAGGGAGAUGCAAACGGAUGCUUGAUUUGCUGACAACAGUGAGACUUAAAAACUACAGCUACAAUGAGUAGUUCAGAGACAAUGCUAAGGGCAAAACUACAACUGCAACCUCUAUGUUAUGCUUUUAACCAUAACCUAACCUAACCUAACCUAACCUAAGUAUAGGACGGUAAUAUUUAUCAAGUAGACCGUCAACAUUGGUGACCCUGAGCUAAAGUUAAACCAGAGUGAGUACAUCUAAAAUACUGCCAUGAAUACAAUGUUUAGGGUUAACAAUUAGACACUAAUUCAACAGUAGUUUGCUCAUUUUGAAGCUGGAAAUACAAAAAAAUUUGGCAAACUGACUAAGUUAUAGUUGCACUAUAAGCUUCACUUCGACAACCGUACUACUGUCACUACUGCUACUACAAAGUUAGCCAACUCUUGUAUCAGUGUAGCUGUCCUACUGAAUAUAACCUCACCGCCAGAGAACUUGACCUUUAAAUGUGCAAGAGUAUGCUUUGGUAUUUUCCACACAAAAGCUACACAGCGUCACUUUAUGGUACAAACACUGUAUUUUACCAGAGACGAACAGACAACAAACGCAGCCUCUUUGGUAUUAUAUCAACAAAGACUGACCGGGUGACAUGAGAAGACAAAGGGGUAAACAACACAAAGGGUUUUUGUUAAAUUUAAACACUUCUGAAGAGCACUGGCUGUAAAUAUUGAUCAGCAAUUGACUAAAAAUUGUCAUUGAAAGCCCCUGUUCAAAUUCUCUUUAUCUUAUCUGCUGUUUCUGGAGGUGUUAUGGCCCCCCAGUAAACAUCUGUAAGUCCUUAUUUUUAAGACUCUGGACAGAAAUCUAACAUUUCAAAUUUGCCAAUAUCAAUAGUUAGGCUGCUUUCUUUUGUCAAAAUUUAACUAACACAUCUUCCCCUUUCUUUGUCUUUCAUUAAUCAAAUAUCAAAACAGCUCUUAUGCUUCUCUUGACUACAACACUGCUGAAAAGGUAACCAUGGACAUGGAGGAGAGGUUAUUUUUCAAACACACUAACAUGUAGUGUGAAUUAUUGAGUUCUAGGAUCAUAAAGUGUAAGAAACAAGUAAGUUCAAUCUGGCUGAACGUUCCCUUUAACAUAUCAGAAGAGACAUAUCAGGAUGCUAACGACCACUCCAGACCAUUUUUCUACUUCAUACUGUCGAUCAUGAUAUAUUUUAAUUUAAAUGUUGUUUUAGAGAUAUCAUAUCUGAGUCAUAUCAUUAGGAAUUGGAAGCUGUGGCGUCAUUCAGCUGUAUACUGCUUUUGAUUCUCUCUAGCCACGUUGAAUAGAUAGAGACAAUCGGAUCAUGUUAAAUAGCCAUUUUCCACCUCAUUAUAUACACAUCUGUGUGUUGGAAAAUGCAUACAAACAAUCUGCUGCUGUUUUUUGGACACUGUCUAUUUUGGAAUUGCUGGGAUUCAAAUAUUGUAAGUGGGUCAUUUAUAUUUGUACUGUUUACAACUUUCAAGUGCAUGAGAUGGACUAUCAAAGAUUGAUUGUUAUGAAAAAAAAUAAUCCUUCUACACUAUAUAUAAAAAGUAUGUGAGCAUUUUUCUGAUGAACUGUUGUCCAUUGAGCAGUUUGAUCUCAAUAUCUAAUGAAGUUUUUCGUCAGGCUUUGCAAAACUUUUCAACAGCUUUGUUUGAGAGAAUGAUUGUUUCAGAAUAUUUAUAGAUUAUAUAAAUGAUUAGACUAGCAUUUAAAUAAAAAAAAGAGAAUAAAGUUGCAACCUGUGCACAUGCUAGAGUUGACAACAACCUGACUGGACAACAAUCAAAGAUCUUACAUUUAGUGCCAAGUGUACAUAACAGAUUGUAGACUAUGUUUUAUCGUCAUUUGCCGUAAUAUCAAUAUUCCUUGUGAAUUUUUUUGGACUUCUUUAUUUUGAAUGUACAAAUUGUGUUGUGUUUUUUUUUUUGUUUUUGUUUGUUUGUUUCUCUCCAUUUGAAUUUCUUUUCCGCCAUUUUUCUGAUUGCAUAGGCAUUGAUGCUGUGUUGUUUCUUUUCCUUGAUUCCGUCCUUGUAUUGUAGAUGAUAGCUCCAAAAAGCUUGUAUAUUAAUGAUGCCUUAUGGUCCAUGGCUUAGUGAUGAGUAGACUUUGAUCACAAGCUCUUUUAUUUGCACUCAUCCUUUACAAAGUGUAUGACAAUAAAAAGAUGUUUUCAUUUUG